GGUGGACUUUAAACAGAGGUGCAGGGACAGGUGACGCAGACCACAGGAAACUCUUCUUCCUGGAAAGAAACAAAGCAACUGCAACAAAAUGGCUAAAUUCUUCACACCAGUUCAAAUACACGAGUUCAAGGAGUGCUUCUCCUUGUACGACAAGAAACAAAAGGGCAAGAUUGUUGUCAAAGAUCUGAUCACGGUUAUGCGCUGUCUGGGUACAAGCCCCACGUUCGGGGAAAUUGACAGACAUCUACAAGUUCACAAAAUAGAAAAGAACGGCGAGCUGGACUUCUCCACCUUUCUGACGAUGAUGCACAGACAGAUGCAGCAGGAAGACUCCAAGACUGAAAUCCUGGACGCCUUUAGGAUGACGGACAAACAGAAGAAAGGAUACAUCCAGGCGUCCGAGCUCCGGGCCAAGCUCACCUUGUUGGGGGAGAAACUCACAAACAAAGAAGUGGAUGAACUCUUCAAAGAGGCAAACGUCAAGUCCAACGGGAGCAUCAACUAUGAAGAUUUCACGCAGAUGGUGACGCUGCCACCGGUCGAUUACUGACUCUUUACUUUACUUACAUUUAACUUGAUGGCUUGCAGAAACAUGUUGAAACUGGCAAUUCUGUACUGACAGACUAUUGACACUGAACGCAUCCUUCCCUUUGAUUUUCUUUCUCAUGAUUAUUCCAUGAUCAUUUCAUUAAACCUCUUACCAUUGGUUUCCUCUACGACCAAUGCUGUUAUACUGUAUUGUAACUAACGAUAUAUGAUAUGAUUUUGCAUGCUAUCCUCUGAUGGGAUCAAAUUAAAUUCUCUUCACACUUUUUGUCAAGCCUGACCCUCCACCCAAUCAAAUGUAAUGUCCAGUUUGAUAUUAUGUGUAUGUACGUCUGCAUGCUUAUGAUCGAUAUAUUAAACCCUUCAUUUUCUUCACUGUCAAAUGUCAACUUUCCACACAUCAGUAUUAAACUGCAUUAUCCUCUCAAA